AUGACCCAGCUUGACUAUAGCCUUCCUCCGCCGCCGUUUGGGCAUGAGAUGCUAAAGUAUUUUGCCUUCGACCCGAAUUACGUGAAUCUCAACCACGGCUCGUAUGGUUCCCUUCCCCUCCCGGUGCUUGCGGCUUGCAAUGAACUCACUAUGCGCGUUGAAUCCAACCCUGAUCUAUUUGUCCGCAUCCACCAGACUGCACUCAUCACCGAAUGCCGCGAAUUAAUCGCCAAAUUCCUCCAUACCAAGACCAACGAAGUAGUUCUUGUGCGCAACACCAGUCAUGGCAUCAACACAAUCAUGCGCUCUUUCGAUUGGAAUGCUGGGGAUGUUAUCGUCACUUGUAAUACGACCUACGACGCCAUGUCAGCUCUUGCGCGUUUUCUCGGUGACGGACCGGCCCAUCCAGCGAUCUCACAACUCGUUAUUCAAUGGCCGACGUCCCAUGCUGAUAUCAUCGCGAGGUAUCAAGCUCAUCUUCGUGCAAUUCCCCGACAUAGCGGCCAAAAAAUCGUCGCAAUCAUUGAUUCCGUUACCUCCGUUCCGGGCGCACUCAUGCCUUGGCAAGCGCUGGUGAAGCUCUGUAAAGACGAGGGAGUCUACAGUGUUAUAGAUGGCGCGCAUUCCAUUGGCCAGGAGCCAGAUAUCAACCUCGGAGAUGCUGAUCCCGACUUUUGGGUCUCGAACUGUCAUAAAUGGCUGUUUGCCAAACGCGGAUGCGCCGUUAUGUUCGUCGCGGAACGAAACCAAGGGAUUGUUAGGUCCUCCUUCCCAACGUCCAAAGUGUACAUCUCCCCUCCAGCACGUUCUUAUCCUGGAGAGAGCUUUGUCGAACAAUAUAAUUGGAAUGGAACAAUUGACUUUGUCCCGCCGCUUAGUAUCAAGCCAGCUCUGGAGUUUCGUCAAUGGCUCGGUGGUGAAGCCAAGAUCAGCAAAUAUUGUCGCGAUAUGGCACUGCAAGGCGGAGCACACCUUGCUGCCCUGCUGGGCACGCGAGUAAUGGACCAGAGUGGCGAAUUCACCCUCAACAUGGCUAAUGUCCAAAUCCCACUUCCGCCGACCAUCCAACCAUCGGCCGCCAUCGGCGACGCGUUUAACCAAAAGAUGCUCUUACCCACGAGUCGCAAAACCAGAGUGAGCGCGGGGGUGUACUAUCACAAUGCUGCAUGGUGGGUUCGGUGUAGCGCGCAGAUAUGGACGCAGCUGGAGGAUUUUGAAGUUCUUGCCUCUGUCCUCAAGGAAGUUUGCCUGGAAAUCACGCACGAGUUCCAGGCAUAA